AUGUCUUCGGAACCCUCCAUUCAACAAUCCCUCCUCGAUACGAUCGAGCGUUCCUUUUACCAGGAAUCACCUGCGGAAUCAAGGGAACAGACAGCUGACCAUCACCAACAUGAGAAACAUCGAGGAAUGAGCUCGUCAGAUACUGCCUACCACCCAGUGUCAAUAAACCUCGACACGCUGGGAGGAACAGAUAUCCCACCACUGCAACCACGACAACGACAGCUUCCCCAGAACUUUGAGAUGCCCGGACGCCCCGCGAACGGAUUGGUGUUUCUACUCCAUUGGGGCUGUGUGAUCCUCACAGUCGCAGCUACAGUUCUGUUCGGGGUCUGGGCUCCCCUGAGCUACGAGGCGACAAAGGAGGCAAAUAAAGACAAUGAUCAAACACUGCGAGCGCUUGUGAGAUCUGCCCAAUCGGCCAAUGAGAUGGCGACAAGUGCACUCUCUUCUGCGUCGCGACAUCUAGCUAUGGCAACUGCACAGGCGAGCGCCAUUAGCAAUUUGCAGUCGCAGUUGGCUGCUAUGGGACAGAUAGCUAUGUUGCAGUAUUGCGAUGGACAGACUAGAGGGGACUUCGUCGCGUGUUCAUCCUUUUUGAACUCCAUCAAUCUCACCAGCCUGGUCUCCCAGAUUGUCACGCCACCAACCGCGAUACCAACCCCUACAUCAACCGGUAACGGCCGUUCGUCACCCACCCGUAACCCUUCAGACACCAACAGCCGCUCACGAGGUCUCUCCCUUUCUAUCGGCUCUAUUCUCGGGAUCAUUUUUGGCGGCACCGCCGCCGUAGGAAUCGUCAUGGGAUUCAUAGUCUGGCGGUAUCAGCGGAGAAGAUUGGUGGAUUCACGGCGAUUUCAUUGA